AGGGGUGUUUGUUUGGACUGGAGAAGGGAGGCGGCGGGCGAAGCGCGCGUCGAGCGGGGGAGCGGCGCUGCCUGUGGAGAUCCGUGGAGGCCGACCGGAUUCGUUGGCUGCCGACCCCGCUGCCGUGCACUGGGUUAAAAACUACAACUAACGCCAACCAUGAAAGAUCCAAGUCGCAGCAGUACUAGCCCAAGUAUCAUCAAUGAAGAUGUGAUUAUGAACGGUCAUUCUCAUGAAGAUGACAAUCCAUUUGCAGAGUACAUGUGGAUGGAAAAUGAGGAGGAAUUCAACAGACAAAUAGAAGAGGAGUUAUGGGAAGAAGAAUUUAUUGAACGUUGUUUCCAAGAAAUGCUGGAAGAAGAAGAAGAACAUGAGUGGUUUAUUCCAGCUCGAGAUCUCCCACAAACUAUGGACCAAAUCCAAGACCAAUUUAAUGACCUUGUUAUCAGUGACGGCUCUUCUCUGGAAGAUCUUGUGGUCAAGAGCAAUCUGAAUCCAAAUGCAAAGGAGUUUGUUCCUGGGGUGAAGUACUAAAAUAUUUGAGUAGACGGGGCCCUCUUUUGGUGGAUGUAGCACAAUUUCCACACUGUGAAGGCAGUAUUAGAAGACUUAAUUGUAAAAGCUCUCUUGUCACUGUGUUACACUUAUGCAUUGCCAAAGUUUUGUUAGUCUUGCAUGCUUAAUAAAAGUGCUGAGACUGUUAUUAAGUAAAAAACUGUCAAACAUUUACUGAACAUAGAAUUGGCCCCAUGGCUUGAUGUGAAGACAGCGAGGAAAGAAGCACCAGUCAAGUUGUGACAUUGCACGAAAUUAAAUGACCUCUAAAUCUUAGUGAAUUGUCUUUUAUUUUGUUAAGUCUAAACUACUAGACCCUUAUGGAUAACUAACACUUGUUAAUGACUAAACUUUUUUUAGUAAGUAAAUUUAAAUUAAGUUCUGAUUGUUAAGCAGAUUUCUCAGUUCAGACUUAAAAUUUGCAUUUGCCCCAUCAAAAAUAAUCUUUUUUUGAAGAUGGUUCGUUCAUUUGAAAUAAUUCAGUAUAUUCAAAUAUGUCUUUAGUUACUGAGGCUAUGAGGUAUUACUGCUUGCAUAAAAGUUAGUCUUGGUUUGUAUAACGUUAUCAUGUAAGAAAUACUGGAUUCUGUUCCUAAUGUUAUGUAUGAGGAAGUAUGUGGUAUUAGAAGUACAUCUUCAAAGGAGUCACUGCAUUGUAGCUAUGCCAUUGUGAAGUCCAACAUUUGACCAACCCACAAUUCAAUUGAACAGAAAUUGUAAUUUAUAAUUUGAGUGGUGCUUUUCCUUGCUUUGUUAACCAUCACUACAAUAGUCUGCAGCACAACUUUUCUUUUAACAAAGCUAGAACAGUUUUGGCUUCUUAAACUUCAUAUCCGGGUAGGUUAAGCUGCCAUACGUGUUCAGUGUGAAUAGUGUUUAAGUUGAAAAUAUUGUAAAAAAAUUAUAUUUUUUCAAAAAUAUUUAAAAAAAUAAAUAAUAGUAGAACUGA